CCCUCGUUCAUCUAUAAAUCAAAUCCACGGUCCUCCAGAGAAAUAACGGGCAGAAUAUAUAGAAGCAGCACAAGGGCUGGUGGACAAGGCAAAGGAAUUCAUGGCGCAGCUGGUGGACAAGGCAAAGGAGUUCGUAGCUGACAAAAUCGCCCAUGUCAAGAAGCCGGAGGCGAGCCUCACCGACGUGUCCAUCAAGCACGUCAGUAGGGACUCGGCCAACUUCAUCGGUCAGCUCGUCGUGGACAACCCCUACGGCCACGCCAUCCCCAUCUGCGAGAUCUCUUACUCCCUCAAAAGCGCCGGCAGGGAGAUAGCGUCGGGGACGAUGCCAGACCCGGGGUCGAUCGCGGCGAAGGAGACGACGAAGCUGGACAUCCCGCUCAGGGUGCCGUAUGACUUCUUGAUGAGCAUCAUGAAGGAUGUUGGGAGGGACUGGGACGUCGACUACGAGAUGCAGGUGGGACUCACCGUGGAUCUCCCCAUCGUCGGCAACUUGACGCUGCCGGUGUCCAAGAAGGGCGAGUUGAAGCUCCCUACCCUUUCCGAUGUAUUCUAGUUCUCUUGCUGUCAUGUUAGGUGUAACGAAUAAAUUAAGUAUUGUGUUUUUUUUUUUUUUUUUUGCUAAUACUGCUGGUGUGGUUAGCCACGAGCUCUGUUGGCUUUUCUAAACAAAUGCUUAGCCUAGACAAUUCCUUCAUCACUUAUCAUCAUCCAGAUGAAACAUUGGUCACCGGCUGCAACCCUCUGGAUCCAACUGAUGCUCAUAGCCGAGUCAUCUACUAGGAUGAUUAAACUAGCUUGUAGCACCCAGUAUUGUAUUUUGGAGCUGUAACUUUUUUUUUUGGAAAGAAAACAGGUGAAAUCUAUCUUAUUAGUUCGUUCCA